GGAAAUUGCCCAGUGCAUGAGUGAUGAGUGCAAGUGUACCAAGUCUUUUGAAAGAAAGAUUAGAAUUGCUUAAUAUCAUAAUAUGCCAUUUAUUCAAUUAAGAUAAAGAGUUCCUUGUUCCUUCUAGAAAAGGUGGAAAUAGAUUCACUAAAUGGUCUAUAUAACAGUGGAAGGGCCAAUAUGUUGCAGCCAUGUGGCUGAAAGCUAACAGGGAUUCAACCUUUUAGCUGUUGACUGCAACAUUAAAUGGUAUUAAAUAGUCCAUGUCAUGUCUCAUGGUAACGCUUUCAGCCAAUGUGGUCCUCUGAUUCAUAUUCGAUUGAUGGUACCAGCUGGUACACUACCACACAAAAUAUCUAAUAACUUUAAUAAGAGUAAACCGUCAUGUUUGCCUCAACCAAACGGCAGCUCAAUAAUAUCCAGAGAUGCCAAGAAGUCCAUCUGGAGUUAAUUGUGGCUUCCGCAAGAAAUGAAACCAGUUCAUUCGGGCCUAUUCGCUUCAGAACUGGGCGUUUCACAUCUGACACUACGAACAAAAGAGGCUGGGUCAGGAGGAAUCGUCUUCAGAACGACGGUAGACUGUGGCGUGACAAGUGAUCCUUAACUUCCUUCUACAUCGAAAAAUGGAACUCAACUUUCCACAAGAACUCAAGUCCGGGAUUGAAUGGAAUCCUUCUCGAGAAAGGCUCAUCGUCGUCUCUAAUAGACUUCCGUUUGUUCUCAAACGUGACGAGUCAACCGGAAAGCUAAUACGGAAAUCAAGUGCCGGAGGUCUUGUGACAGCCGUUGCUCCGGUGGUUGUUGACUGCGGCGGUCGUUGGGUUGGCUGGACAGGUGAUUGCUCGCUUAGCGUCGACGACGAAAUUCCGGAAGCGUCUGAAGAGGAUACUACUCCGACGGCUGGUCUGCUGAAACACCAGGUUGUUCCGGUGUAUUUGAAUCAACAGCAAUUUAAUUCGUAUUACAACGGAUGCUGCAAUGGAACGCUCUGGCCUCUCUUCCACUCCAUGUCCGACCGAGCAGUUUAUUCUAGCGAAUAUUGGCAGGAUUACAUUCAAGUCAAUCAACUAUUUGCUGACAAGACAUUGGAAGCGAUGGAGUUGUCAAAAAAAGAGGGGCCAGACAUUGUUCCGCUUAUCUGGAUCCACGAUUAUCACUUGACUUUGAUGCCAUCCAUUUUGCGUCAGGCAUUGAGUGAGAAGAACUCUAACGCUCUUUUGGGAUUUUUUCUGCACAUUCCGUUUCCGCCAUGGGACAUUUUCCGACUUUUGCCAUGGGACGAUGAAAUUUUGCUCGGAUUGCUCGGUUGCGAUAUGAUAGGAUUCCACAUCGAGGAUUACUGCAUUAAUUUUAUGGAUUGCUGCCAUCGUCGUCUGGGUUGUCGCAUUGACAGGAAGAAUCUCCUUGUCGAAUACGGAAACCGUCUAGUUAAAAUUGCCGCUCUACCGAUCGGCAUCCCAUUCGAUAGAUUUCAGAGGAUGGCGGAAGAAGCACCUCGUUUAGUGAAGGAAAAGAGACAGAAGAUCAUUUUGGGUGUCGAUCGUUUAGAUUACACCAAAGGCCUGGUGCAUCGCCUUAAAGCCUUUGAGCGAUUCCUGGAGAAACAUCCGGAACACAUUGAAAAGGUUAUUUUCAUCCAGAUAGCCGUUCCGUCGCGGACGGAUGUCAAAGAGUAUCAGGAGCUCAAGGAAGAGAUGGAUCAAGUGAUUGGACGCAUCAACGGACGCUUUUCGACGGCCAACUGGUCGCCAAUUCGCUACAUUUACGGAUGUGUCUCCCAGGCUGAGCUGGCAGCGUAUUACCGAGACGCUUUCAUCGCCAUGGUAACACCGCUUCGGGACGGGAUGAAUCUUGUUGCAAAAGAGUUUGUUGCAUGUCAGAUCGAAGAGCCGGGAGUGCUUAUCUUGUCUCCGUUCGCUGGCGCCGGCGAAACUAUGCAGGAAGCUCUUCUCAUCAAUCCGUACAAGAUAGAUGACGUGGCUGAAUUAAUUUGCAGCGCUCUGGAAAUGCCCCGCGAUGAACGCGAGGUUCGCAUGAAAAAUCUCCGCCGUCGCGAAAAAGUGAAUAAUGUGGACGCCUGGGCUCAAGCAUUUUUAAAAACCAUACGGAGCACCACUUCGAUGGAUCCGGAGUCGGAUUCGAAAAAAGGAUCUUGUUUGAUGUCAUCGGCCAUGGAUGAUUAUGAUGAGUAUCUAUCCAAGUACGUAGGGAAUGCUGAAAAGCUAGCUCUCCUCCUGGACUAUGACGGGACUCUUGCUCCGCUAGCACCUCAUCCAGAUUUGGCCAUUUUGCCCAACGAGACUCGCAAGAUUUUGCAGCGACUUAGUAACUGCCCGGAUGUCUACGUUUCAAUUAUUUCCAAUCGCAGCGUCGAUAAUGUCAAGAAGAUGGUUGGAAUAGAAAACAUCACUUACGCGGGCAAGAACGGUCUUGAAAUUCUCCAUCCGGAUGGGACAAAGUUUGUUUAUCCACUGCCGGUCGAGUACGAGGACAAAGUUCGUUGUCUUCUUCGUAAACUUCAAGAAGAAGUCUGUCAUGACGGGGCCUGGGUGGAGCACAAAGGUCUUCUACUCACCUACCACUACAGUGAAACUGUCAUGCAUCUCCGAACUGGGUUGAUCAAACGGGCACGAGAACUGAUUGAAAGCGCUGGUUUAGUCUGCACUACGGCUUAUUGCGCCCUGGAAGCUAAACCUCCGUCUCAAUGGAACAAAGGCCAAGCAGCGCUUUACAUUUUGCGGACGGCAUUUGGGGUGGACUGGGAAGAACGCAUCCGGAUUGUCUACGCUGGCGAUGAUUUCACAGAUGAAGCGGCUAUCAAGGCUCUGAAAGGAUUGGCGGCAACGUUCCGUGUUACAUCAACGCUGGCAGUGAAGACGGCGGCGGAUCGACGUCUGGCCAACAACGAUUCGGUAUUGCGGAUGCUUAAAUGGAUCGAAAGUCAUAUGACAAAACGCAAACCUCGCCUAACAUCGCGAUCUUCGUCUUCUGUACUGGAGGCGAUGGAUGAAGUCCAUCAAGCUCCAUCAAGUCCGUCAUCUGCAUAACUUGUUGCAUAUUUGGCAUUUAUUUUAUUACUAGAGGCAUAAAAUGAAUGGCAAAAAAUACGAGUUUGUAGAUGAGAAAAGGGAUCUCUUGCCAGAUCUUUGAUUUUCAUCUUUUGGAUAAAAAUACAUCAACGAGAUCUGAUCAUAUAACAACC